CGGUGCAGACGACCAGCGAGGAUCAAAGGAUAUACGAUACAGCAACAUGCAGUACCCAAUGCUUGUAGUAGCAGCCCUGCUGCUCAGCUUGGCCCAGGCCAGACCCCAAGGCAGACCCCAGGCCCAAGGAGAGCCCAUUCCCAUCAUCAGGCAGGAGCAGGAGGUGAACUUCGAUGGCUCCUACAAGUAUCUGUAUGAGACGGGCAACGGGAUCAACGCCGAGGAGGAGGGCUAUCUCAAGAACCCAGGCACCGACAAUGCGGGACAGGUCGCGCAGGGCUCCUUCUCCUACACCUCACCCGAGGGCAUCCCGAUUCGGAUAACCUAUCUGGCGGACGAGAAUGGGUUCCAGCCGCAGGGCGACCACCUGCCCACACCGCCACCCAUCCCGCCUGCGAUCCAGAAGGCACUGGCCUACUUGGCCACCGCUCCACCGCCGCCGCAAGAUCAGCCGGGUGGGUUCAACAACCGACGGGGCUAG